CAACAUGAGCCAAAUUGAGCACAUCCACUAUGCAGAAGGCGAACUACAUUGUCAGGACAAGUCUCCCGUCAAAGACCAGCAGGUCAUAGUGGAGGUAGUCGUGACAGAAAAGCAUACCACUGCCUGGUACGCGUUUCGAAAGACCAUGCGUGAGCCGUUCUCCGAAUUUUUUGGAGUCCUGAUCCUUGUCUUGUUUGGCGAUGGAUCUAUAGCUCAAGUCGUGCUUGGACAAGGUGCCAAAGGGGACUGGCAAAACAUCAAUUGGGGAUGGGCCUUAGGUCUGAUGCUCGGGGUCUAUUGCGCUGGUGCAUCCGGUGCACAUCUGAACCCAGCUGUGACCCUCGCCAACUGCGUCUACCGCAAGUUUCCAUGGAAGAAACUACCCGUCUACGUCCUUGCUCAGCUCCUCGGUGCAAUGAUUGCCUCCCUGAUUGUGUACGGAAACUACAAAUCCGCCAUCGACGUAUACGAGGGAGGCCAGGGCAUACGGACAGUUGGCUUGAGCACAUCUACUGCAGGCAUCUUCUGCACAUACCCAGCCCCUUUUCUGACAAAGGCGGGACAGUUCUUUGAUGAGUUUACUGGCAGCGCUAUUCUUCUCUUCUGCCUCUAUGCUCUUCAAGACGAUGGCAAUAUCGGUGCCGGAAAUCUCCUUCCACUGGGCUUGUUCUUUGUCUUCUACGGCAUCGGAGCAUGCUUCGGCUCCAACACGGGCUACGCCGUCAACCCUGCAAGAGACUUGGGUCCUCGUAUCAUGACUUCGGCAGUUGGAUAUGGGCACCAGGUCUGGACGGCGGGCGACUAUUACUUCUGGGUUCCAAUUGUUGCACCAUUCUUGGGCUGUCUCUUCGGCGGCUUUCUUUACGACACCUUCCUUUUCACCGGAGACAGUCCUAUGAAUUUGCCAUACAUGGGUCUUACACGAGUCUGGGGCAAUCGGACUAAAACAGGGAAGCCCGUGAUGGUAUGA